AUGAUGAAUUAUCUUUACUUGGAUGCUUCAAAAUAUUAAAAGAGUCCCUUCCAUUUACAAAGCAAACUUAUAAAAUUCUUAUAUAAAGCUAAGCAAUCAAUAAUUUGUUAAAAUUAAUCUUAAGUUAAAAUUAAAAAAAUCAGCAACGCUUCUUUUGAAUAGAUAACUGGAUUAUUAUAUUCUAAUGUAGAAUUAUUAGAUUAGAGUUUAUCAAAAGAGUGUCUUGACUUAUUGGAUAAACUUCUUCAAUAAAAAAAUCGCAUAUCGAAAAAGGAGAUGUACACUCUAUAUUUUACUUAGGUUCUAUAUUGUAUUUCAUAGUUUUUUGGAGGCACUUUAUUACACUGUUAUUUGA